UCUUAUCAAAAUGUGUUUUUCUUCGAUUUUUGUCCGAAAUUAAUUUUGUAAUUUGAAAAAUCCUAUGUAUUGGCGUCCGUAAUUAAUUUACGUUGCAUUUACGUUAGUUAAAUAGUCGUAUAUCAUCCUAUUAAUUCGUAAUAAUCAAACGUAGAAAAUGUCGUUGAGCGUAUUGCGUCGUACUUCCCUCGCUUUGGCACGUCCUUUGCGGUCAAACGGUGCCAUUUCGCCAGUUUUAACGUUCAAAAGAAUGGGCGGUCAUCAUCACUUCGAAAUGAAGCCUAGCUCAUUUGUAUGGGAUAAACUUAAGGAUAUAUGGCACUUGUAUGUUUUUGGUACUUGUACAUUCUACGGUGCGAUCGUCUUGUACUGCAAUGUAUUCAUCGGUCCUGCUCAAUUGGCGGAAAUUCCCGAAGGAUAUAAACCAAAGCAUUGGGAAUAUUAUUCGCACCCUAUUUCAAGAUUCAUGCAGAAGUACUUCUACAUUGAUGAACAAGAAUCGUACGAAAAAAUGUUGAACGUGCUUUAUGACGAAUUCCUUCGCAUGAAAUUAAAGGAAUUGGAUCUAAAAGUUAAAGAAUUGAUCAAAGAACGUAAAGAUUAUCAAGCGUACUAUUUCAGAGCUGUACCUGCUGAUCACACUGAAUACGAUGAAUUUAUGGAGGGCGUAAUGGAUCGUUAUGCCAGUGAAGUUGAUAGCACUUUCUAGAAAAUUUAUUUGGUCUUUUUGUAUAUUAGUGUAUAGUGAUCGUAAUAUUAUUUAAGUAUGUUAUAACUCCGAAUAAUUUUCAAAAAAGUGUUGAAUCGUU